GCAAAAAGCUGCUAGGCGCACAUCCUGUGCACCCUGCACUAUGGUUUCUCUGCAGGGUCUGCUUUCAGCGUACCUUAUCAAGCAUGCAGCUAUUGUUCUGAUCUAGCUAAGCUGCUGGCAGCUUCCUGUUCUGAGUCUCUAUGCAGACAAGAUGAAAGCAGACUGAAAAGAAUUGAAAAAAGUAUGUUGAAUUAUGUUCCUUUUUAAAUAAAGUGCUUACAAGGUUGGGAUCUCAAGCCCUCAAUCCUUUGCUCGUGCUUGCUGCACGAUCCAUAGGAAUCCAUAAGUGAAGAAACAGCUUUCCUGGUCUUGUGAUACCAACGCGGCAACGUUGCACUGAAGUACAACCUCAAGAUGGAAGCACAAAAGAGCAGAGCUUGCAAUGGAAGUGUCUUCACUUCCAGGUCAAUGUGUUAGGAGUCAACACAGUCUGAACUUUUCAAAGCAUGGUGCCAACUGCUGGGCAUGGCCCUGGAGGAGUUUUGAAUUCAAAGCUCCCUGGACCAGCAAAUCCCAGCACUAACUGGCCUCUAAAGCCGGGGCCACAGAAAGUUCUGCCUCUGAUUUUCUCUAUCUUCCUAUUUUCUCUGAAAACUUAAGCCGCUGGAUAGCAGCCCGGGCUUUCUACCGCACCAUUAAAAGGAGCUCUUGGCUCUGUUGGGUCGGGGAUGUUCAAUUCCUGCAUCCGGCCUUCCGCUCCCCGGUCACCAUAGUUACGGCAGCGGUCCAUGCCUGGGCAGGCCGUCUCCGGCCCAGCGUGCCUUGCGCGCGGCCAAAAUGGCGGCGCCCAGUCCUAGCCCGGGGCGCGCUUUCCCCUUCCCGGGCUCUCCGAACGAGCAUCCCGCGAAUGAGGAGCCGCCGUCGGAGGAGAAAAGGCGGAAGAAGCCGCCCUGCCGGGCUUGUACGGACUUCAGGAGCUGGAUGCGGGAGCAGAAGAAGCAGGCGGGCCCGGAAACAAAUAUCCAGGAACCAACAUCUAAUUGCCCCCUAGACAGAGAAGAACUAGGGAGAUGUUCGUGGUCAUUUCUACAUACGAUGGCAGCAUUUUAUCCUAACCGGCCCAGUAAAAUUCAGCAGCAAGAAAUGAUACAGUUUAUCCAAUUAUUUUCCAAAGUUUUUCCUUGUGAUGAAUGUGGAGAAGAUUUCAGGAAUAGAAUACAAAAAAACCAACCUGAUGCGAGCAACAGACGUAAUUUGACACAGUGGUUUUGCCAGAUUCAUAACGAAGUAAAUAAGAAGCUGGGGAAGCCUGAAUUUGACUGCUCUCUUGUAGAUCAACGAUGGCGAGAUGGAUGGAAGGAUGGAUCCUGUGAUUAGAUCUGCUGGAUAUUUUUCCAACUUAAUUAAAAAAAAUCAACAAAAACCCCAAAAGCAAUCCAUUAUGGACCUUUAAUGGAGACAAAAUUGUGCAUUUGUUAAUAGAGGUGAUGGAAACAGGCAAAGGGCUUUGAUAUGUAUUUUUCAUUUCUGGUUUUGAAAUUUUAAUAUUGAGCAGAUCUCUGUAAUAAUUUUCAUAAGAGCUUCUACCUGUUGAUUUUGCUGUUUUCCUGACCACUUGAAUUAUUUCAAAUACCAGCAAAUGCUGCCUUCAGAAGCCUAGACUAUGCUUGAAGAAACCAUUCUGAACAUGAAGACAUUGUGCUUUCUCAGCUCAGUACUGAUUUAAUCCCUGAAAUUCUGAGAUGGCCCAUCUGCAACUAUUUGCUUCCUCUGAGCCCAGCAUCAUUUGCCUUCAUUGUGUUGCUUGCAUUUUUGUGUUCCGCAGAUUCCCCCCUAUCAAGCUCUAUACUUUUAAUUCUAUUUUUUUUUUAAAGUGCUACAAUAUAAAUUGCUAGGAAACUAUGGCUGCUUACUUUUCUUCAGCAUAUAUACAGUAGAACAGGGUCUCAUUUGGCCAGACUCACAAAAGAGGACAAUUUAGUUUAAUUUACUUUUGAUUAAUGAAAUAAGCCAUAAAAAUCAUGAGGUCAUGUUAUAUAUCUUGGGAUUGGGGGCUUGUGAAGGUUGUGUUCAUUCCUCAGUAAAUUGCUGAGUUUCCAUUUCAAGUAAGUGUUUUUACCUAUCUGAACUUUGUGUGUCUCAUGACCUGGAAGCGGAAAACAAAUGUGCUCUGAGAUAUCACCUUGAAGGUAAAUCAUGUUUUAUGGUAGAGCAGGUUGGCUACAUAAACUACCAACAGUUGCCUUGUGACGAGUGGAGUGAAGAAAUAUGAAGAAAGUUUUUCCUUUCAAGUUCUAUUUUCUACCACAAUAUAUAAGAUCACCAAUGAAAUUCAAACUAAUUAAAGAGAUGAAUGUGGGAGACAUUGAUUGUUUAGAGGUAACUAUGUUUAUAUAUCAGUUUUUGAUAAGCUACUUCUGGGAAUAAAUUUAUGGUUUGCAAGAAUUUUCUUUCUUUUAUCUGAGUAUGGGAAACUUUGGCUUGGAUAUACAACAUUUAACAGAAAAGAUAACUAUCAAACCCUGAUAAUUAUAGAUUGAUGAAUUUAUUUCUCAGUGUCGGUUCUACUUUUCCUGACCUAUUAAAUUUGGGGAUCCUACUAGGAAAAGAUACGUUAACCUGAAUAUUUUCAUUCUACAGAGGUUGGUUAAGGUUCAGGUUUAUUGCCCAAGCAAAGCAGGUCUCGUUAAUUAAUGCAAAGUGAAUACACAUGCAGAUAAGCAAAGCAUAGUGAAGAACAAGUCUUCCGAUCUUCUUUCUCUGUUUACUCUGGUUCACAUCUGGAAACUUGCAGCAGAGAAAUAAGACUGGUGAUGAAAUGGCAUCUGGUCCUUUCAAAGGACUUUAGAAGCAUUUAAAAGGACAGUCAUUCCCUGUGGCCAUGGAUUUGGCAAGCACUACACAACUCUAUUACUAAAGUCAAAUGAAUGUUUGAUGAAGGAAAGGUCUAACAUUUUGCAUCUAAGAUAAUAAAAGUCAAAUUUCUGUUGGCAGAUGUGUGGUAUGCUUUUUAUUGUUUCAUUGUUUUUAACAAUUGUUUAAAUGGCAAUUUUAAGUGUGUCUCAGAAUUUAUUUUUGUGCUUGCUAACCAAAUAAAAGUAAAUAUU